AUGCUCUACGUGGCGGCGGAGGGCGGGCACACGGACACCGUCGAGCUGCUGCUGAGCGUGGGGGCGCAGGUGGGCAGCGGCGCCCGCGGCGACGGCGCCACGCCGCUCUUCGCGGCCGCGGGCUACGGGCACGCGGAGAUCGCCUGGCGGCUGCUGAAGGCGGGCUGCGACGCCAACGAGGCGCCGGCCCCCGCCGGGCCGGGCGAGGCGAGAGCCGACAACGGCGUGCCGCCGCUAUACCUCGCCGUGCAGGAGGGCCACACCGAGGCGGCCCAUGGCAGCCUCGGGGGAAGGUGGCUCGCGAUGGCGACGAAACAUGCAGCCACCGACGACGACGCCUUCGACGGCGCACUGGCGUCGCUGACCGCGGUGCGGCGGGACGAGGUCGCCCGAGCGCGCGACGCGCAGGCUCGGCUCGGCCACGCGCAAGAGUGGCCACUCGCCGGGGCGACCUCUGCCGCGAGCCCACACGGAGCCUCCCCGCGGCCUGGGAUCGGCACGCGUGCCUCCCUGGUCGAGCCGGACGGGCGUGUGCGCCUUGUCGCGGGCCCCUGGGUGGGCCUGGCCAGGCCCGCUCCCGUUGAGCAGCGCCUUCGACCCGCCCUCUGGCGCGUGAAGCGCACCCGCGGAGGCCGCAGUGCGAUGGCGGUGUUUCUGCGAUGCCUGGUGUGUAUCUGCGGCGGCUGCGGCGCGUUUGCGCUUGACGGCUUCUCCGGCGGGACGGCCAAUUCAAUGAGUUUUGCGCCCGAAUGCCCCGAGCUCAGCUCACCAGCAGAGCUCUUCGAGGCCGAUGGGGGCGCCGACAAGCAGGGGAGCGGGGAAGUAUCCAUCCUUGGGGCCUUCGAGGGCGCGGCGUUCGGGGCCGCGCCGCCGGCUGGCUGCCGCACCGCGCCGCAGCGAUCGGCAGGCCAUGCCGCAUGCCUGCAGGGCCGCAGCGUCGAGGAGCUCCGCGCCUGGGGCGAGGACGCGGCGGCGGAGCUCGCUUCGCUCGGCCUCUCGGAGCCCGACGGCUGUGGCCCGGUCGCCGAGGAGCAGCCGGCCGUGAGGCGCGAGGUGACCGCGGACCCGUCGGUGCUGGUGGGCGCCCUGGAGACGGUCCCCCUCCAGCCGCCCGCCGACGGCGCGGCCACCCCCUCCCGCGCGGGCCCGGCGGGCGGAGCGGAGCGCGCGCCCUCCGAGAAGCGCGGCUCGGGCGAGGCCGUGGUGCCCGGGGAGGCGUGGCCGCCGGCCGAGGAGGACUCCGUCGUCGACGUGGCAGGCUCCGUCUGGCAGUGGGAGCACCGCACGGGCUUCCGUAGCUACGCGGCGGCCGAGAGCGAGCGCAUCGAGGAGGCCUGGCAGAGCGGGGAGUCGAAGGUGCGGCUGAAGGCGGGGAAGACCGGGAAGAUUCCCAUGGAGAUCUUCUUCGCCGACAUGGUCCAGUUGGAUCCCACCUCAGGCAGUCAGCGGAACGUGAGGCGCGUGGGCCACGACAGUCGUUUUUCGCGGCUGGAGCGGAAUCUCCGCCAGGUUUGGAAAGCCAUCCACACUGGCCAGUUGCGUUGGGAAAGUUCCAAGCAAUACAGGAAGAGGCAAGCGACUCAGCGAAACCAGGAAAAACUAUCCGUCAUAGACGCGUCGUCCAUGAUAGUCAACAAGUCUCAGAUGUUCAGCAGGUCGCACAUCGAUACUGGUCCUGCCACCAAGCGGGCGCACAUUGGGGUCUGGUGUGGGAAACUGGUGCAGGCCCUCUGGUGGAACAUCCUGACAUGGCUCGUGACCGCCCUGAAUGUAUUUUGGAUCUACUGGAUGGCCGAGCACCACGAAUGGACGCUCGUGUUCUGGCGCCCCGCGGAGGUCAUAUUUAUCGACUUCUGUUUCCUGCUCUUCUUCGCGACAGAGCUGGUCAUCCGCGUCUUGUCCUAUAGGGACGCGACCACCGCCCUCCAGUCCCACUUCUUCCUGCGCGACGCCCUGGUCGUGGCCCUGACCCUCGUGGAGGUCGUGUUCUUCCCCAUGGUCUCCUUCGCAUCCGACGCCCACGAGCUGGACCCAGGCUCCGCGUGGUUCACGUUCGCCCUGCUCGUGCGCUUGUCCAGGCUCGUGCGGGUGGAGCGCCUCUUCCGGAUCUUCCCGCAGGCCGCCACGAUCAGCCGGGCCAUCGCGUCGGGGUUGGAGUCCGCCGCGAUCAUCCUCCUGAUGAUGAUCGGCUUUCUCUUCGGCUUCGCGGUGAUGCUGAAGACGGGCGUGGCAGAUCGAGUUGUCAAGGAGAAGUAUUUCAGCACGAUGUCUCGCACGCUGGAGACGCUGAUCGUGCAGGGUCUCUUCUUCGAUGGUAUCCUCGAUUACUUGCAGGAUUGCCGCGAUGAGUUUGUCGGCUACUUCGGCAUGCUCUUUUUCGUCUGCGUGGGCCAGUACAUUUUCUUGAACAUGCUCAUUCUAGAGCGUGGCGGCGGGCGCCACGAGCGAACAGGUCGACAGGCGGGCCAUUGCGUACCUCGAGAAUAA